CGCGCGGCUUCCGGCUUCCGGCGCCGCGGCGGGGCGGGCGGAAGCGGCGGCCAUGGCGGCGGCGGCGCGCCAGCAGCGAGCGGGCCCGCGGCGCCGCGCACGAAGACCAAGAAGAAGCAGAAGCGGUUCGUGCCGCAGCGGGUGAAGGUGCCGCGGGCCGCCGACCCGCUCCUGGCCGUGCUGGCCUGGGGCGUUAACCACCAGAUCAACGAGCUGAGCCAGGUCCCGCUGCCCGUGAUGCUGCUGCCCGACGACUUCAAAGCCAGCUCCAAAAUCAAGGUCAACAACCACCUCUUCAACCGGGAGAACCUCCCCAGCCACUUCAAGUUCAAGGAAUAUUGUCCCCAAGUCUUCCGCAACCUCCGCGAGCGCUUCGGCAUCGACGACCAGGACUAUCAGGUGGGGGGACACCCCUUGGGGGGGUCUUCUGUGCUUUAGGGCCCCCCUGGAGCUCGACGUCGCUGUGUGUCCCCCAAAACAGGUGUCGCUGACGCGGGAGCCCCCCGCACUGGGGAGGGCGGCGACCGGCGGUUCCUCCUCUCGUCCGACCGCACGCUGGUGGUGAAGGAGCUUUCCAGCGAGGACGUGGCCGACGUCCACGACCUCCUGUCCCACUACCACCAGUACGUGGUGCAGUGUCACGGGAGCACGCUGCUGCCCCGCUUCCUGGGCAUGUACCGGCUGAGCGUGGACAGCGAGGACACCUACCUGCUGGUCAUGAGGAACACGUUCAGCCACCGCCUCCCCGUCCACAGGAAAUACGACUUGAAGGGCUCGCUUGUGUCCCGAGAAGCCAGUGACAAGGAGAAGGGCAAGGACCUGCCCACCCUGAAGGACAUGGACUUCUUGAACAAGAACGAGAAGGUCUACGUGGGCGAGGAGGCGCAGAGGGAGUUCAUGGAGAAGCUCAAGAGGGAUGUAGAGUUCCUGGUGCAGCUGAAGAUCAUGGAUUACAGUCUCCUCCUGGGCAUCCAUGAGGUGGGGCGGGCGGAGCAGGAGGAGGAGGAGGAGGUGGAGGAAGAUGACGGGGGGCCACAGGGGGGGUCGGUGACGAGGCGGGGGGGGGCCCAGCUUGGGGGGGGGGGCUCCUACGGCACCUCCCCCGAGGGGAUCGGCAGUUACCUCAACUCCCACCGCCCCCUCGGCCCCGGCGACUUCGACCCCUCCGUUGACGUCUACGCCCUCCGCGGCACCGAGGACGCCCCCCGCCGCGAGGUGUAUUUCAUGGGGCUGAUCGACGUCCUCACCCAGUACGACGCCCGCAAGAAGGCGGCGCACGCGGCCAAGACCGUCAAACACGGGGCCGGAGCGGAGAUCUCCACGGUGCACCCCGAGCAAUACGCCAAGCGCUUCCUCGACUUCAUCACCAACAUCUUUGCUUAGGGGGCCCCCCUGGACCAAGACGCCCCCCCUGGACCAAGAGCCCCCCCCCCCAGGAUGUGCUGCCCCCCUCGGUGUGCACAGCCCCCAGUCCCCCCUUCCUGGGGUUUUGCUACUCAAGUGCCUUAACUUUAUUAAGGGGGGGGUCUGGUGGGGGGUCAGGCUCUGCCCCCUCACAAGGGGGGAUCUGGGGCUCCCCCCAAACACAAGGGCAGCCGGGACUCUUCUGCCCCCCCCCCUUCCCCGGGCAGGGAGGGACAAUUGAACACUAAUUGCCCCAGGGUAAGGGGGGGGCAGGGGUGCUGCCCCUCCCUUCUGAGCCAGGCUGGGGGGGGCUGGGGGCAUUCCCUGUUCCCCCCCAAUAUGGGACCCCGGGGGGGUCACCAGAGCCCCCCUCCCUUACUGCAGCUCCCUGGGGGGACCCCAGUUCCCACGGGGGGGCCCUGUGUGACCCGACCUCGUGUUACCAGCGGCCCCCCCCGCACCGGGGGGUUUUCCCGUCACUGUGUCCUGAGAAAUAAAUUAUUGAACCAGA